AUGAAUUUAAAUAUUGGAAGCUUAUCUCGGUCAUCAUCUUGUGAUGGUGAAAUUGAUGAUGAUGCAAAUCUAAUUAAUGACAUUGAGGCGAUUAAUGCAGAAGAAGAAACGCUAAUCAAAAUGCAUGCAAAUAACAAUACUCGCAUGUCUACUCUUGUACAAACUAUCCAUGAUCCAUGGGGCCCUAAAAAGCAAUAUUUUUCCAUGAAACAAGAAUCAUGUCGGAAAGAUGUAGAAGGUGCACUUGGAGUUCUUCAAUUGCGUUUUGUAAUUGUUGCUGGGCCAUCACGUUUUUGGAACAAACAUGUGUUGCAUGAUAUAAUGAUUGUGUGCAUUAUUAUGCAAAACAUGAUAAUAGAAGAUGAACAUGAUAUUAAUGCAUUAAUUAAUGAAUGGAUGAAAGUACCAGUACCAAAUGUUGAGAAUGUGGUCGAUGAAGCCAAAUGGGAAGAAUUUUUUAAUCGAUACAAACAGAUCAAAGAUAAAGAAGCUCACAUUGCACUUUGA